AUGCCUUCCAAGAACACAGCGUUCGAUCUGCAGACAUGCGCGCGACCCAACAUCCUCGCAUUGGAGCCGUACCGCUGUGCGCGCGAUGACUACAAAGACGACGGCACCAACAUCCUACUCGACGCGAACGAGAACGCAUACGGCCCAGGCCUGGCACUGACCGGAGAGGGGCAACUGCCUGGCGCCAAUGUCACCGGCACAUCAGACUCGUCUGCAUCAAUCGACGUAGACCUGCUUGGCCUCAACCGCUACCCAGACCCCCACCAAGCAGACCUCAAGCAGCUUCUCUGCAAUCUCCGCAACACGCGCACCCACACAUCAAAGACCAUCGGCCCGGAGCACCUCUUUGUGGGCGUCGGAUCUGAUGAAGCCAUCGACGCUCUGAUCCGCGCCUUCUGCGCCCCGGGCAAAGAGAAGAUCCUGACAUGCCCCCCCACGUACGGCAUGUACAGCGUCUCCGCGCAGGUCAACGAUGUCUCGCUGGUCAAAGUCCCCCUGCAGCUCCCUACCUUCGAUCUCGACGUGCCCGCCAUCCAGAAAGCGCUCACCUCCGAUCCCAGCAUAAAACUCGCAUACCUUUGCUCGCCCGGCAAUCCCACGGGAAAGCUGCUCAGAAAAGAGGAUGUACAGGCCAUAUUAGAGACAAGGUGGAAUGGCGUGGUAGUCUUGGAUGAAGCGUACAUCGACUUUGCGCCCGAAGGCUCUUCGAUGGCGGAAUGGGUCGCCGAAUGGCCGAACCUCGUCGUCAUGCAGACGCUGUCCAAGGCCUUUGGACUCGCUGGCAUCCGGCUUGGUGCUGCGUUCGCAGAUCCGGCAGUCGCACAAAUCCUGAACAACAUGAAGGCGCCGUACAACAUUUCGAACCCAACAUCGCAGCUUGCGCAGGCAGCACUGAGUCCAAAACACCUCAAUGUCAUGACAAGAAACAAGGACUUGAUCGUCAAGCAGAGGGAGAGGUUAAUCAAAGAACUGCCUAAGGUUCCGGGGGUGGGCGAACUGCACGGCGGGACAGAGAGCAAUUUCCUGCUCUACCAGAUGCUGGACAAGCCGAACGGGAAGCCGAGCAACGAGGUCGCACUUGCGGUGUAUGAAGGGUUGGCUGAGGAGAGGGGUGUUGUUGUUAGGUUUAGAGGGAAAGAGUACGGUUGUGAAGGUUGCCUCAGGAUCACAGUCGGCACAGAAGAUGAAUGCACGAGGUUCCUGCAGGAGAUCAAGGCUGUGCUACAGGGCGUCUAUGAGAAGAGGGAGAGCCUGGGUGGUAAGGAUGAGGAGCAGAAGGAGAAAGAGGCCAGCGCUGUUGUAGGGUAG